GGGCAGAGAGGCAGCUGACUGCACGCAGAGCGGCGUUGCUGCACCACUUUUUCUCUUUUUCUUUUCAAGCCAAGACUCUUAUUCACUAUAAAAGCUACAUUUUCGGCUCAGCGGUUCUGCUGCACGCUGGUUCCCACUGUGAAACGACUGAGAGGGAAAAGAAGAAGAAGAAAAGAAGAAAAGCUUUAGUCUCAGUGAGAACUGGGAGAAAGUGUGGAUUAACCGCUAAUCAAAGUGGAUGAGUGGGAGGAAUAACGCAACUCGGGAUUAUGUAUUUUGACAAUGCCGAGGAGACUGUUUCUGCUUUGGAUUUACGUUCAAAACCAGUCUGAAUCCAGAAGAUGACAGUUGCCAGUCCAUCCUGUAGCCCCACCUCCUCCCACUCCUCACCAGUUUGCCUCCAACAAUGCCAGGGCCACCUGAGGAAAUGUGAGCUCCUCCAGACAAACCUGCGUCUGGCCUCUGCCCCGGGUGUGUGGCUCCUGCUGGGUGCAUUGGUGAUGCUGGUGGGUAUGAGCGUCGCGAUUGCGGGCUACGUUUCUGCAGCACCGAGGCCGGUGGCCGGACGUGGCAGCACCCACGUCGAGAGGAUGAAACUGGCCGGUCCCGUGGUCAUGGGAGUGGGCCUUUUUAUCUUCAUCUGCGCUGCCACGCUGCUGUACGAGAACAGGGACAGCGAAGCCCGCAAACAAGGGACAUCUGAUGACCUCGAGAAUCUGAAGGGGGGAAGUUGUUGGGAGGAUUCGCAGGAACAGCCAAGCUUCGGUUGUCAGGAGCAGUGGGAGGAUACAGAUGGAGAGCAGGCAUCCUGGGCCACUCCAACCCACAUCCUCCCCCUCCCGAGUCAGAGCUCUCUGCUUCCCCAGGCUCUGACUCACUCCAACAGACACAACAUCAGCAGCAGCACACCAUCACCACCACCUCCUCUGGGGGCAGGGGGUUCAGAUGAAGAGGUGGUGGAGAAAGGAGCAGGAGAAAGGAAGGAGCAGGAGGAGGAGAAGGAGGGAAAGUCAAUUCUGCUGGCUCGAGUUCUGCACCACAAGGAGCCCACUCCUCCCCCUCCCUCCCCCUGCCCGUCCGUGUCCAAGAGCUCCGUCUGCUCGGACUCCUCCAACUCAACCCAGAGCAACUUCAACGUACGGACAGACUCUUUAGAUCCACCUCAACAAUGAACCUCCGCAGGCACUGUCUCGGAAAACACGCAUGAUGAGACAUUCAAAGUUUCAAAUGCACACACAUGUGCAGACCAUGCAUUCCUCAAUAAACAGCAUUGGUGUUUGUUGGUACUUUGUAGUGUCUCCGAGUGGUGCAGUUGCUCUGAGUCACAAUCUGUGGAGGGUGUUUGUGUCCAACAUCACUUUCUGACUCACUCACAUUUGAAAGAUUAGAGCUAUGCUGUUUGAUGUCGGCUCACUAUUUUGUUGUCUUUGAGCUCAGCCAUGCCCUAAAAAUCCCUAAAGCCACUAUGGGUUUGACUAUAUUUGGACGUGAAGAGCUUUGCUGAAAAGUUAUUUGGGUGCCAUACUGGGAGAUAAACAUUCUCCCCCUCUUCUCCCUUCUCCCUUCUCACACUCGUGGUCACCGUAGAGACUGACUUAAGAGAAUGACUCAGAUUAGGUCUUAAAUGAGUCUUAUCUUUUCUCACGUGCAGUGUAAUCGUCUCUAUCUGGGAAAAAUACUGUUUCAGUACAAACAAGGACAGAAGGCUACACUCCUCUCACUUGACACCUACAGCCAAACUAUAAAUACCAGCUGGUGCUCAGAGCCAUGCAAGAUCUAGAUUUAUACAUAUUUAUAUAUCUAUACUGUAAUCUAACCUUUUCCCUUGGAUUGCCAAAGUCUUUUGCUCAGUUUUCUCUCUUUGCACAAGUGUGGAGAGGGAAGUUCUAAACAUUUUUCAGGGAGUGGAUAGACAGAAAUGUGCAACAACAUUAAAAGCGAAGAAAAAAAAAACACAACCACACAAAAAUUCUGGUGAAGCUGUUAUGAUUUAUUCCUGACGUGCAUGUACAGUGAAAAGCAGUUGUUGCUAGUUGAGUAAUUGAAGUCUCACCCUCAAGGCUUCUUGACCUUUCACCCCCUAUUUUUCCAUCACGAUUCCCUCCCAAACUGAAUAUUAGUGAAAACAGCAGAUAUAAAGCAAUGUGGAGAACAAAGCACGAGGACAAAGCAAGGGAAAAUGAGGCAGGUACAAUUAAGCCAAAAUGAGAACGUUUGAACAGUCGGGAGGGAAAGGGAGGGCGGAUUUUAUUUUAAUUAUUGCCAGUAUUUCUCCUCCAGUCUUUAAUUGCAUGGGGGACCAGUUUGAAGGUUUUUAUAGGUGCUUUAAGGACUGCUGAGUAUUUCCUUGUUAUUUGGGCCCAUAUUGGGAUCCUGCCAUCAAGAUGAUGACUGAGACUGAAGUGUGCACAAAUCUGCAGCCCCACAGUUCCCUCACUAGAAACAGCACCCUUCCCUCUCUCAGACCAGUCAGUGGAGGAGUUGUGUAGGUACGGCAUGCUAAUCUCAGAGGCUGGAUGUAUAUUUUAGUGGCAGGGAUGAGAUGUCUGACUCUUGCAAAGUCUUUCACAUAAAGAGGCAGCUCAUCCUUCCCGCUCUCCCAUAAGAGAGCCCUGCUCAGCGUGACUGGGUCUGAUGUGUUAGCAUUUAGAAAGAAGAGAGCUUCACUGUCAGCCUGCAACCAGUGAUUACUUUUAAUCUUUUUGUAUCUGAAACUGAACUGUCCGGAGGGAAUCAUGUCAGCACAGAUAUAUAUGCAUGCAGAGAUCACUGCAGCAGCACGCAGUUCAGGCACUCAUCUCAGUCGUAGAUGUGUAUUUGUGUCUGUACAGCAGUGUUACAUAAGUCAGCAGUGCAGGUUUUCUGCUGCAUUGAGAAUAUAACUGAAUCAAAUCCUCUCCUCUCAGAGAGUAUUGUGCUCGUGUGCGUGCAUUGAUACAUAUCUUAGCACGUGGACUGGGAGCCGUAAGCUGCUUAAGCCUGGGCUGACUCAGGACUCACACAGCUUCUGUUCCGUCACAGAAAGGUAAAGAAGUUACAAUCAAUCUUUUUUUUUUCAUUUUCUUCAUUUUAAAAAUUCCAGAUGAGGAAAAAGUGUUAAUUUCACUGGAAAUUGUCAUCUGUUUUAACUGAAAAAGGAAUUCAGUAAAGAAGUCAUUAUGACAGGUGAGAAUGAAGGGAAGGGAGAUGUUUGCCACCAGCGAGGAUUAAAUUAACCUCCGUUUACAUCUGAUAUUCAGUUGUUAUUCAGUAGAAACAGAAGGACUUGUGUGUUAAUUUGUAACGCUGCCAUUUUAUCUUAAAACCAGCAAUAUACUUUAAUCACAUUUUUUGUAAUCUAAGGAGACAUAAAGUCCUUCUCGAGGCUGGUCUAGUUUUAAAGUUCUUCUUUUUUGUUGUAACAACCCUUUGCAGCCAUUCCUAGAAAUGCGUUUGACGAUCCACACCCUUUUGGAGACUAUGACAGGUGUCAAAUGCAUAACAAGCCUAUUACUUACUAAUCCAGUCUCAAGCCACCUCCCGGCUAUCUCAGCAGUCCGUACGGUGCAACCAAUGGAAGAAUCAUCCGGCUCAAAAUGAAGGGACUACUAUCCUGUGUUUUUGUCAUAACUAUGCUCACACUUGCUCAAGGUGGGGAAAAAGAGCAACUGGAGCAGCUCAUGGAAUCAGUGGGAUUAGAAGAAGACCAAGAGUAUCUGAAGUGUUUUCGUUGCGAUCUGGGUUUCUGGGAUGCCUGUUAUACAACUAAAACCAACUGCAGCCUCGGGGAGCUAUGCUACACCGGCCGUGGGAAGGCAGCUGAUUCUCUGGAUGUAAAGAUGUUGGGCUGCACAAAAAAAGAGGAGUGUAACGUGGAGACCACAGUGGAGGUCUUUUUAAAGAAAAACAUCUUCGUCAUGACCAAACACUGUUGUGACACACCUUUCUGCAACUCGGCAUGCAGAAUUUCAAUCUACACACUUUUGCAGUUCACUGCCUUCUUUACGACCUGGCACCUCACUGACGCCUCGACAGGAUAAUAAUAAAACUGGCAUUUAUUUGUUUUCGCUGUUGGAAAAGACUUUGUGAAGUGGUGCUGAAAAAGCCAUAUAGUUAAGAACAAAAAAAAAAUGCUAGUUUAACAAAAUUGUUGCAGUGAGUAAUGAAUUUAGAGAUACUAGAUAAUUAUAGAAUAAUAGAUAUGUAUUACAUAACCCAUAAACAUUUAAAUAGUGAAUAAAUAAGACAGUGACAACGUACAAAUGUCCACACCGCACU